AUGAAAGAGGCCUUCCAAUUGUUUGCUGGUUUUGAAGGCAAGGAGAAGAUUGAAGCGACUAAACUGGGCGUCCUCUUUCAGUCCCUGGGGAUGACUUUCUCCGAUGAGGAGCUUGCAGCCAAGACAGAAGAGAUAGCUCGAGACAACGUGAUCUGCCUCAAGGAUUUUCUGGCUUUCAUGGAUCGGAAGAUACAAGAAGAUGAAGAGAAUGAUGAGGAAGAGCUUCGACAGGCGGCAGUGCGCGACGCAGUGCGCAUGGAUCAGCCGCUGCUCGUGGGGUGCGCCGCAGCCGCCAGGGUCACAUGCAUGGGCCCAUACUACCAUGAUUAUGUGCUGGUCACAACUGCUGACAAUCUGUGGGUGCAUUCCAUGGGAUGGGCUACCAAAGCUGUAGCCGCCGUCUUCCACGAAGUUGGAAAACCGUUUGAGCUGCGAGAGAUCCCUCUGCCAGAGAAGCUCAACGAGGGUGAACUGCUGGUCCGGAUGGAGGUGAGUGGCAAAAGACAGGAACCAAUGCCUCUUGUGCUGGGACAUGAAGGCGUUGGUGUGAUUGAGCGAGUGGGCUCGGAUAUUUUCAGUGGCAACCGUCCAAGGCACCGCGGAUGGAAGCUGCGAGAGGGCGACCGAGUGACCUUCAGCGUCGCAGAUUCGUGUGGGCUUUGCCCCGAAUGUAUGGCCAUGCUCGGAUUUCAGAAGGAACCGGCCUCAAUGGGACGUGCGCAGGGGACGCAUGCUGUUAAGCUGCCCAGCAAGCUCAGCUCUCGAAUUUGUGCACCGGCCAACUGUGCCCUGGCCACGGUGGUGAAUGCGCUUGACAUGGCGAGGCUCCCGAGGUAUGGCUCCAACAAGAGUGCAGUUGUCCAAGGAGUUGGACUGCUGGGGAUUUAUGCCGUGGCAUGGCUGAGAAAGCGUGUUGGCAUGGACACUGUCUUCUGCCUGGACACCCAGCCAGAGCGCUUGAAGACUGCGGAGAGGUUCGGAGGAGUUCCGCUGCUGGUCACUGAAAAUGAGGAGGACUACCUGGAGCGUUCACGCACUAUCCGUGAGAUGUACCCGCGAGGGGUUGAUGUGGCUGUGGAGAUGACCGGCGCCAAACAUGUGAUCCAUGAGGGGGUGCAGCUCCUUCGAAACGGUGGACACUAUUCCUUCACUGGGAUGGUACAUCCGGAUUCCCAGCUGUCGUCACUCACAGGGGAGACGAUCAUCAGAAAGUGCCUGACCAUCCGUGGGGUGCACAACUACACACCAUGGAACUUAGAAGAAGCAGUGAAGUUUCUAGAUGAGUUCCGAGAAGAGUUGCCAUUGGAAUCCGUGCUAUCACCAACGAGCUACAAGCUUUCCGAGAUCAAUGAAGCCUUUGCAGAGGCGCAGACAGGUUCCUACUGCCGAGUUGUGGCAUCUCCAGCAUGUUGCCAGUUGAGUUGCGAUGUUUCUACAGUUUAG